AUGGCUACAGCGCCCACGGAGCGUCACAGUAGGCGUGCAAUAUUCAGCAUUCAGAAUUAUCAUCUUGCACCACCAACGACGCUCAUCGCCAACGAUCCAUCCAUAAUCAUCGCAACACAUUGUACCGCCAAGCCGAUGGCUGGCAUAGACGCCCUCCUGCUCUCCCAGGAUGAGGUCGACGCCGCCGCUCCUCCAGAGGUCCCGCGGCAAUCGCAAGACCCGACCGAGCUGAAGCGUCGACUCGAAUCAUCCUUCCUCUCACCAUCGGCAGAGUUCUCCGUCGAAUGGCUCAACCGCCUGCAGCAACGCUGGGACUUUGAGACCGACUACUCAUCCCUCUUCAAGAUCGCCCCCCCUCAGACACGCACCGUCACGCGCUUCCUGCGUCAUGGCCUCGAAGGCCGCGUGACGGGCUACAAGAACGUGACGAUGCCCAUGAACAGCGCCACGGCCAAGAAUUCCACGAGCUUGCUGAGGAAGCCUGCGACCAGGGCCGAGUUCGUCCGGGGUGCCGCCGGCUUCUUUCCCUUUGCACCCGGUGGCCUGGAUGGCAUCGAGGCGACGGCCGCUCUCGAGGACCAGGUCCAUUCGGGAACCGCUGCCGCCGACGGCCCUCGUGCCACCAAGCUCGAUCGGGUCAUCCAGCUGUCGGAUGGAAACCUGCUCGAGAUGGCGCCCGGCAUGGGCCGCGGAAUCGACUUUGGCAAGAAAAAGGCCGUGGCGGCCGAGGAUGACGCCAACGCCGUCAAGCAAACCCUCCUCGAAGACCCCGAAGAAGCCCAAGCGGUGGACCAGGCCGACGAGGCGUCCCCCGAGGCGCCGGAUGACGUUGCCGAUGCCGAGGAGGACGAGGACGACAUCGACGACAUCCUGCCGGUCGAGUUUCCCUCUCUCGAACCCCACGGUGUCCUCGCGGCAUCGAGCGCCAGAAAGGCCGGGCGCGAGUGGGCACACAUGGUCGACAUCAACCACGACAUGUCCAACUUCAGGGAGCUCGUGCCCGACAUGGCGCGGGAGUGGCCUUUCGAGCUGGAUACCUUUCAGAAGGAAGCCGUCUACCACCUCGAGAACGGCGACUCCGUCUUCGUCGCCGCCCACACCUCGGCCGGCAAGACCGUCGUGGCCGAAUACGCCAUCGCCCUGGCCGCCAAGCACAUGACGAAAGCCAUCUACACGUCCCCCAUCAAAGCCCUCAGCAACCAGAAAUUCCGUGACUUUAGGCAGGACUUUGACGAGGUCGGCAUCUUGACGGGCGAUGUGCAGAUCAACCCCGAGGCUAGCUGCCUCAUCAUGACGACCGAGAUUCUCCGGAGCAUGCUCUACCGCGGAGCCGAUCUGAUACGCGACGUCGAGUUUGUCAUCUUCGACGAGGUCCAUUACGUCAACGAUUAUGAGCGCGGUGUCGUCUGGGAAGAGGUCAUCAUCAUGCUGCCCGAGCACGUGUCCCUCAUCCUCCUGUCGGCGACGGUGCCGAACACGAAAGAGUUUGCCUCGUGGGUCGGCCGGACGAAGCAAAAGGACAUUUACGUCAUCUCCACCUCCAAGAGACCCGUGCCCCUGGAGCACUACCUCUGGGCGGGCAAGAACAUACACAAGAUUGUCGACUCGGACAAAAAGUUCCUCGAAUCCGGCUGGAAGGAGGCGCACGGCGCGGGCCGGGAGAAGCAAAAGACGGCCGACGCGACCGUGGCGACUCGUGGCGGAAACCCCCGCGGCGGCCAGCGAGGAGGAGGCACCCAGAGGGGCGGGCCGCAGCAGCGCGGAGGUCGCGGCGGCGGCGGCGGCCAGCAAAGGGGCGGACCGCAGAGAGGACGCGGAGGGCCUCCUCGUGCGAGCCAUGCGCCGGGCCACAUGGGACGAGCCGGUCGUGCUGGGGGCCACUCCUCGGUCGCCCAGGACAAGAACCUCUGGGUUCACCUGGUGCAGUUUCUCCGCAAGAAUACCCUCCUCCCGGCCUGCAUCUUUGUCUUCUCCAAGAAGCGGUGCGAGGAGAACGCGGACGCGCUGAGCAACCAGGACUACUGCACGGCGACGGAGAAGAGCCACAUCCACAUGAUAAUCGAGAGGUCCAUCGCCCGGUUGAAGCCCGAGGACAGGGUGCUGCCCCAGAUCAUCCGGCUGAGGGAUCUCCUGGGCCGCGGCAUCGCCGUCCACCACGGCGGCCUGCUUCCCAUCGUCAAGGAGCUCGUCGAGAUUCUGUUUGCCCAGACGCUCGUCAAGGUUCUCUUCGCGACCGAGACGUUUGCCAUGGGCCUCAACCUGCCGACGCGGACCGUCGUCUUCUCCGGCUACCGCAAGCACGACGGCCACUCGUUCCGCAACUUGCUGCCCGGCGAGUACACCCAGAUGGCCGGAAGGGCCGGCCGUCGCGGCCUCGACACGGUCGGCUCCGUCAUCAUCGUGUCGCCGGGCGGCUCCGACGACGUGCCCCCCGUCGCCGAGCUGCGCAGCAUGAUCCAGGGCGAGCCGUCCAAGCUGCGAUCCCAGUUCCGGCUGACGUACAACAUGAUCCUGAACCUGCUCCGGGUGGAGGCGUUGAAGAUUGAGGAGAUGAUCAAGAGGAGCUUCUCGGAGCAUGCCACGCAGCAGCUGCUGCCCGAGCACGAAAAGGACGUGAAGCUGGCGCAGGCGGACCUGGCCAAGGUCAAGCGCGACUCGUGCAACGUCUGCGACGAGGCCAUGGACGGAUGCCACCAGGCGGCCCAGGAUCACAAGCAGCUGACGCUCGACCUGUACAAGGGGCUCCUGCGAAUCACCUACGGCCGCAAGAUGUUUUGCUCGCAGCGGCUCGUCGUCUUCAACUGGGACGGCAUCCGCACCGUCGGCAUCCUCGUCUCGGACGGCAUGAGCCCCCGGGGCUCCUUUGACGAGCCCAUCGUUGCCGUCUGCGCCAUCAAGCCUCUCCGAGAACGACGGGAUGCCACCGACCAGCUCCCGUUCCUGCCCGGGUUCCGCAAGUACCUGCACAAGCUUCCCCAGGGCAAGCGACGCUUCCAGAUCAAGACGCUGCAGGUUCCGCUCUCGGACGUCGAGUGCCUGACCCGCUGGGUGCUGAAGGAGAGCAUCCCGAACAUCUACAAGCCCGGCCAAGUCGGCGCCCUCGCGAUGGAACGGCUUCAGGAGAUUUGCGCCUCCUGGGAUGACCGGUGGGACGAGGUGGACAUGGGCAAGAUCAAAAGCUUGCAGCUGCAGGAGAUUGUCGAGAAGAGGGCGCAGCUCGUCAAGAGCAUACAGGGCUCGGCGGCGACGAGAUGCCCCUCGUUCCUGAAGCAUUUUGCCAUGUGCCACGACGAAUGGCUCAUCAAGGAACACAUUGAGCAGCUGAAGCUGUCGCUGUCGGACCAGAACCUGCAGCUUCUUCCCGACUACGAGCAGCGCGUGCAGGUGCUGAAGGAGCUCGCCUUCAUCGACGACGCGGCUCGCAUCCAGCUCAAGGGCAAGGUCGCCUGCGAGGUGCACUCGGGCGACGAGCUCGUCCUGACGGAGCUGAUCCUCGACAACGUCCUCGCCGACUUUGACCCGGCCGAGAUUGCCGCCCUGCUCUCGUCCUUUGUCUUCCGCGAGAAGACGUCGACGGAGCCGGCGCUGACGGGCAACCUCGGACGCGGGCGCGACACCAUCAUCGCCAUCUCGGAAAAGAUCAACGAGGUGCAGACGCGGCUGCAGGUGAUCCUGUCGAGCGAGGACUCGAACGACUUUGUGUCGCAGCCGCGCUUCGGCCUCAUGGAGGUCGUGUACGAGUGGGCGCGCGGCAUGAGCUUCAAGAACAUCACGGGGCUGACGGACGUGCUCGAGGGAACCAUUGUGCGGACAAUUACGCGCCUCGACGAGACGUGCAGGGAGGUCAAGAACGCGGCUCGGAUCAUUGGCGACCCGGAGCUGUACCAGAAGAUGCAGCAGGCGCAGGAGAUGAUCAAGCGGGACAUCACGGCCGUCGCCAGCCUGUACAUGUAA